CAUGAUGGUCAGAAAAAAUAUGACUUCUGGAAAGACAUGGUGGCUGCUAUCCAGCACAAUUAUAAAAUAUCUGCUUUUAAAGUCUUAUUAGUUAUAGUUAUAUUAAUUACUAAUAUUGCUAUCUUAAUAGUUAUUCAGAUCAUAGAAUAA